GGUCAUGGGCAUACCAGGCGAAACGCAGCCGAGUCGGCAAAUAAGGCGAGUCGAGGCUGGAGCAAGUGCGCGUGGCCAGCAUACCGCGACCGCCGGGGCAGGCUACGCUUGUUGGGAGGACGGGACGCUGUUUUCCCCCUCCCGGCGGGGGCGCGGGGCAAGACAAGGGGUCAUGCAGGCGGAAUCGGGCAUUGUGCCGGACUUCGAGGUGGGCGAGGAGUUCCACGAGGAGCCCAAGAUCUACUAUGAGCUGAAAAGUCAGCCGCUGAAACACAGCAGUUUGGAGCACCCUGGAGCUUCCAAGCCUCCGCUAAGCUCCUCCAAUAUGACAUCACGGAUUUUGCUACGACAGCAGCUCAUGCGUGAGCAAAUGCAGGAACAAGAACGCCGAGAGCAGCGACAGAAGCAGCAGGCAGCUCAGUUCAUGCAGCAGAGAGGGGCUGUGAGUCAGACACCUGCCAUCAACGUCAGCCUCCCCUCCAGCCACCCUCCUGCGACUCAGGUGCCAAUGGAAGUCCUGAAGGUGCAGACUCACUUGGAAAACCCCACCAAGUAUCACAUCCAACAAGCUCAACGGCAACAGGUCAAACAAUACCUCUCAACUACGUUAGCAAACAAGCACAACAAUCAGGCAUUAAGCUUACCUUGCCCAAAUCAGCCCGUUGACCACGUUAUGCCACCGGGCACUGGAAGCAGUGCACCCAACAGCCCUAUGGCCAUGCUUACAUUGAACUCCAACUGUGAAAAAGAGGGCUUUUAUAAGUUUGAAGAACAAAGCAACAGAGCCGAAAAUGAAUGCCAGUCUCUGAAUACACAUUCUCGAGUGUCAUGUAUGCAGAUGGAUGAUGUAAUUGACGACAUAAUCAGUUUGGAAUCAAGUUAUAAUGAAGAAAUCUUUGGAUUGAUGGAUCCUGCUCUACAAAUUGCAAAUACGUUACCUGUCUCUGGCAAUCUAGUGGACUUGUAUGGGAAUCAAGGUUUGCCUCCUCCAGGAAUUAACAUAAGCAAUUCCUGUCCUGCUAACCUUCCUAAUAUAAAAAGGGAACUGACAGGACUUGGUCGUCUCGUUCCCCAACCUUCUGGAGAAGAUUUUGAGGGUGCAGGGUACACAGGGGUACACGAAAAAGGAGGAAUCUCUUCCUUUCCUGUUCUACUGAUGGAAAAUAUUCUGGCAGAUGGAGGCUUAACUGAAUGCAGCCCGUUAUCCUCAGAAUCAGAGGCAAGAGCUUUGGCCAAAGAGAGACAAAAGAAAGACAAUCACAAUUUAAUUGAAAGAAGACGACGAUUCAAUAUUAAUGAUCGCAUAAAAGAACUUGGUACUCUGAUACCGAAGUCAAAUGAUCCAGACAUGCGUUGGAACAAGGGAACUAUUUUAAAAGCCUCUGUGGACUAUAUCCGCAAACUGCAAAGAGAACAGCAACGGACGAAAGAGCUAGAGAACAGACAAAAGAAAUUGGAACAUGCCAAUAGACAUCUUUUGCUUAGAAUACAGGAGCUUGAAAUGCAGGCUCGAGCUCACGGACUUUCCAUCCUCCCAACUACGGGCCUUUGCUCUCCAGAAAUAGUAAACCGGCUGAUCAAACAAGAGCCCGUCCUUGACAACUGCAGCCAGGAAAUCCUACAGCAGCAUCACCCUGAGCUUUCUUCCACAACCACUCUUGACCUCACCGAUGGCACCAUCACUUUCAACGGCAGUCUGGCAAACAUGACAGAAUCGGCCACAAGCACUUAUGCUGUCCCUCCCAAAAUGGGAUCUAAACUGGAAGAUAUGUUGAUGGAUGAUACUCUGUCUCCUGUUGGGGUUACUGAUCCACUCUUAACGUCGGUCUCUCCUGGGGCUUCAAAUACAAGUAGCCGGCGGAGCAGCGUAAACAUGGAAGAUACUGACCAUGCUUGUUAGUGGAUGUCCUUAGACAGGCGUCUCACAAACUUCUUCAUUUCCUGAUAGGUAGAUUAAAGUAAUUUGUUCUCCUCCCCCCCCCAAUAUUUGAAUAUAUAAGUCUACAGAUAGUUCAGCGUAUGUGACUUUUUUAAUGUUUGAAAAGACUUGUACAUUGUUUUAUAACUACCAAUGCUUCCAAAGUAUAGUACUGUAUCUGUGAACUAGAUUCAUCAAGGAACUCCAAUUGAUUUUAUCUCUUCUCAGAAGCAAUAGAUGUCUACAGAUCAGCAAGUUCUACUAAAGAGAAACUUCAAUACAACUAAGCAAAAUGACUUGGAAGUGAAAUGAAGAAGAAUGUAUAGAAACCAAAAAGAAAAUUAGCUUUGUAUAAACUAUUUUUCUGUUGACUUAAUAGUGCCUCCUUAAGGAAAAAAGUAUACAAUAUCUAUUAAUUCAUAUAAUCUUUCCCAAGGCGACAAAUAAUAUACAUGUAUCAACAGGUACAGAAACUAACUGAUUUUAAGUACAGUUCAGCUAGAUUUAAUGCAAAGGAGACAUAUCUAAAGAUUCAGUCAUAUUUAAGUUCAGAUUAUUAUCCAUUGAGUAAACACUCUUCAAAAUUAACCUCUCACCUUUUCAAAAAACAUUACUUUUAAAUAAUCAUGAGGAAAUUAUUUAAAAAAAAUACUGUACAAGAGUUCAUAAUACAAACAGUAUUUUUUUUCUCAAUGGGGCAUAAAAAGUAUUUCUUUUUAAAAAAAAUAUGGGGUACAAAUAUCUAAUUUAAAUGAAGUUUUAAAUUUUUUGAGUCAACAUUUUAUUUUGAAUACAUUUUUAUAAGAAAAUGCCUCUAGCCGUUGCAUCAAGUUUUUGACAGUUAAAUUCCACUGAAAGAAAGCCAGUUUAGUGUAGUGGUUAAAGCACCAGACUAGAAACUGGGAGACCAUAAAUUCUAGUCCUGCCUUAGACACAAAGCCAGCUGGGUG